AUGUAUACAUUGAAAGUAAUUUUAUUGAUUAUUAUCAGAAAAUUUAAUUUCUGGGUGAUACAAUUUAAGAAAAAUUACUGACAAGAGAAUUGGAGGCUUUAAUAUCUUGCGAAUCUGAUUUUAUUGUAUAAUUUUAUGGGGCAUUUUAUUCAUGGUCAACAUUCUUUAAGUAUUGCUAAUUAAUUAAAAAGUAAAAGGAUUACUUGUAGAUUAAAUAACUGA